AUGGCGGGCAAGUCCAAAGCCCCUCCUCAGCCGGCCUGUGUCGAAGACUUCGACGAAGACUCCCACGACGCCGUACCCGAUAGUCGGCAGGUAGCCAAUACGGCUGCCAAACUACACUCGAGGUUGGAUCUGAGAUCCCCAGCGGAGCCGCUGAUCGACGGCGCCAGUGACUCAGGGUAUUCUAGUCGCACCGCAGCCACCGCCAACAGCACCCAAUCUGGCCCGUCGGGCGGAAAGAGCCCCCCGGUUCUUCAUAAGCUGGACAUGCCCAAGCGAGACCGAGUCGACAUCGCCAAGGGACCCUCCAGCCGCAAAGAACGCAGAGACAAGGAACGUGCCCGACCAACGCGCGACGAGAAGAUGCAGAUGGGUGCCUACGCGGGCUCUGCCCACCAUCAUGCUCCCGUGCCGCGGUCGCCAUCCAAGUCUCGUAGACGAGACUCCGUCCGUUAUAAUGCAGACUACGGCUACGGCUACGAUGCGAAAGCUUACCACUACUCCUCCACCCCCGUCGAGACUCGAGCAAUGGAGUUCCCUCCCUACUUUGCUCGUCCGCCCGUGCCCGACUACCCACCGUCUUCACCUCAGAGUGCUCGCUUUCCGCCCGCCGCCUACGAAGAAUAUCAUGCUAGUCGUCCCUCCGGCCGGCCCGGUCGCUCGAAUUCCUACCGUGGAAUGUACCACCAGGAACGGCCCGUGAGCUUCCAUGGCGGGAUGCACCCUUCAAUGGGUCCGCCCCACAUGUACCAAGCACCGCCGGUGUAUCCUUACGACCAUGGUCCUCCACCAGCACAGUCGGCAUAUGUCAGCCAACCCUAUUCAUCCUCGCCAUACGGGGGCUCGUACUAUGCUGGGUCUGACUUCCCCGCUCCUGCAGAGUACGUGCCAGAACGAUCUCAGUCUCGGCCUCGGGAAGCAUCUCGACCCCGUCGUUCGUCAGUCUACGCGUACCCACUCCCGGAUGACAUGUUUCCAUGGGAUGAUGGUGACUACGUGGAACAACAACAUGCUAGCCGAGAGCCCCAGCCACGAGAAGCUCUCCCACGAGAGUCUCGCGGCCGACGCUCGAGCAAGCCGGUUGUUACCCAAGCGCGUGAUGAGGACUACUACAAGAUGCCUCCACCUCCACCUCCAGCGCCGAAACAAAGAGCUGCACCACAAAUUCACCAGCCCAAGCGACCGCAACCACACAAGGCCCAGACGACCCAGGCCAUCCCCUCGCAGCGUCGGUCGUCUAGAGCCACGGAUAGAUCCAUCGACUUAUCGGAUAUGGCAGCCGCACUGCCAGAGGUCGCCCACCGUCGCCUGUCCAGGGAAGCCAGACUGCCCGAGCGCAGCCACAGCCUCCGUGACAGCAAACGAUCAAUGUCUUACCAUGACAAUGCUCGGGGUGCUCAGAUUGCCGUGGAAAACUCCAACUCUCGCCGACGACGGCCGCAGCAGUACUACUAUGAGGACGCUGGUAGCAUCGGUGACCUGGAAGAUCGCGAGCGGGAAAUCGAGCGAUACCAGGCCCUGAAAGCCGGACGUCCCGCUAGUGCGAUGCCCUUGUCGACGGAAGCUCUCAUUCCCAAGCUUGGAAACGGUACCGGUAGUGACCACGGCAGCCAGAAGAGCCGAUCGAACAGCAGUCGCGGCAGCGGGUCGAAGUAUGACGGGGAAAGCAAGAACAUUAACCUUGAAGUGAAUGGAAUGACUAUUGGGUUCACCGAACAAGGCAUUGCUGGCAAGUCCAUCAACAUUCGGACGGGCGACUCCGGCGGCGUUCACCUGAACAUCGCCGGCGGUCGCAAGCCUCAGCAAUACCUGACCGGUGGCUCCCUCUACUCCAGUCAUACGGGUGGCAGUGGCCAACGGGAGAUUGAAGAUGUGCGACGCCCACGCGAGCGCGACGAGCUGCGGUCAGAGCGUUCCAGCCGAGAAAGCCGUCGGACUAGCCAGUCCACGUACGGCCGGAACCGUCGGUACCAGGCAGUGUAA